CGCCCGCCCGCCCGCCGCCGUGGUGGUGGUGGUGGUGGUGGUGGUGGUGGCGGCGCAGGCUGAGGAGAUGCGGCUCGGAGCGCCCGCCGCCGCCGCCGCCGCCGCGGUCGUCUCCUGAGAGCCCGGGGACCCCGCCCUCUUUGGAUUACUGGGCCCACGCCGUGGUCGGCGGGACGGGGAGUGUCUGUGGCCGUGGGCCAGCCCUGCCGUCGCGGGACUUAUAUGUGCCGGGGGGACGCUGGGGCUCUUUGGAGCUCUCGUCCACGUGGAGGUUGUGAGCCAUUCUGAAUCCCUCAAAGGAGAAGCCUCUGCUCGCCAUGAGCUCCCAAAGCCAUCCAGAUGGACUUUCUGGCCGAGACCAGCCAGUGGAGCUGCUGAACCCUGCCCGCGUGAACCACAUGCCCAGCACGGUGGAUGUGGCCUCGGCGCUGCCCUUGCCCGUGGCCCCCCCGGCGGUGCCCAUGGACCUGCGCCUGGACCACCAGUUCCCGCUGCCCGUGACGGAACCCGGCCUCCGGGAGCAGCAGCUGCAGCAGGAGCUCCUGGCCCUGAAGCAGAAGCAGCAGCUGCAGCGACAGAUCCUCAUCGCCGAGUUCCAGAGGCAGCACGAGCAGCUGUCGCGGCAGCACGAGGCCCAGCUCCACGAGCACAUCAAGCACCAGCAGGAGCUGCUGGCCAUGAAGCACCAGCAGGAGCUGCUGGAGCAUCAGCGGAAGCUGGAGCAGCACCGCCAGGAGCAGGAGCUGGAGAAGCAGCACCGGGAGCAGAAGCUGCAGCAGCUCAAGAACAAGGAGAAAGGCAAAGAGAGUGCUGUGGCCAGCACGGAAGUGAAGAUGAAGCUACAGGAGUUUGUCCUCAAUAAAAAGAAGGCACUGGCCCAUCGGAACCUGAACCACUGCAUGUCCAGUGACCCUCGCUACUGGUACGGGAAGACACAGCACAGCUCCCUGGACCAGAGCUCCCCGCCCCAGAGCGGGGCGUCGGCCUCCUACAACCACCCGGUCCUCGGCAUGUACGACGCCAAAGACGACUUUCCUCUCAGAAAGACAGCUUCUGAACCCAAUCUGAAAUUGCGGUCCAGGCUAAAGCAGAAAGUGGCCGAAAGACGGAGCAGCCCCCUGUUACGCAGGAAAGAUGGGCCAGUGGUCACGGCUCUAAAAAAGCGUCCGUUGGAUGUCACAGACUCGGCGUGCAGCAGUGCCCCGGGCUCCGCGCCCAGCUCGCCCAACAACAGCUCCGGGAACGUCAGCACGGAGAACGGGGUCGCUCCCGCCGUCCCCAGCGUCCCCGCCGAGACCGGCCUGGCGCACAGGCUCGUGGCGCGAGAAGGCUCGGUGGGGCCGCUGCCCCUCUACACGUCGCCGUCCUUGCCCAACAUCACGCUGGGACUGCCCGCCACCGGCCCCUCCUCGGGGGCGGCGGGCCAGCAGGAGGCCGAGAGACUGGCCCUCCCGGCCCUCCAGCAGCGCCUCUCCCUGUUCCCCGGCACCCACCUCACCCCCUACCUGGGCGCGGCGCCCCUGGAGCGGGAGGCGGGGGCGGCUCCCAGCUCCCUCCUGCAGCACGUGGUCCUGCUGGAGCCGCCGCCCGCACAGACGCCCCUCGUCACAGACCGCUAUCUUGCAGGCCUGGGAGCGCUGCCCCUGCACGCGCAGCCCCUGGUGGGAGCGGAGCGCGUGUCGCCCUCGGUGCACAAGCUGCGGCAGCACCGCCCCCUGGGCCGCACGCAGUCGGCGCCGCUGCCCCAGAGCGCGCAGGCCCUGCAGCACCUGCUCAUCCAGCAGCAGCACCAGCAGUUCAUGGAGAAGCACAAGCAGCACUUCCAGCAGCCGCCGCUGCACCUGGGCAAGAUUAUCCCCAAACCCAACGAGCCGGCGCGGCAGCCCGAGAGCCACCCCGAGGAGACGGAGGAGGAGCUGCGUGAGCACCAGGCCCUCCUGGAGGAGCCCUUCCUGGACCAGCCCCCGGGGCAGAAGGAGGCACACGCGCUGGCCGGGGUGCAGGUGAAGCAGGAGCCCAUCGAGAGCGAUGAGGAGGAAGCGGAGCCCCCCCGGGAGGCGGAGCCGGGCCCGCGGCAGCCCACCGAGCAGGAGCUGCUGUUCCGGCAGCAAGCCCUCCUCCUGGAGCAGCAGCGGAUCCACCAGCUGAGGAACUACCAGGCGUCGAUGGAGGCCGCCGGCAUCCCCGUGUCCUUCGGCGGCCACCGGCCUCUCUCCCGGGCACAGUCCUCCCCUGCGUCUGCCACCUUCCCCGUGUCUGUGCAGGAGCCGCCCAGCAAGCCGAGGUUCACCACAGGCCUCGUCUACGACACGCUGAUGCUGAAGCACCAGUGCAGCUGCGGGAACACCAACAGCCACCCAGAGCACGCUGGCCGCAUACAGAGCAUCUGGUCCCGGCUGCAGGAGACCGGCCUGCGGAGCAAGUGCGAGUGCAUCCGCGGACGCAAGGCCACCCUGGAGGAGCUGCAGACGGUGCACUCGGAGGCACACGCCCUGCUCUACGGCACCAACCCCCUCAACAGGCAGAAACUGGACAGUAAGAAACUUCUAGGCUCACUGACAUCGGUGUUUGUCAGGCUGCCCUGUGGUGGUGUCGGGGUGAAGCCUCAAGACGUCAUUGAAAGAAAUCCAUCCGCCCCACGUAACGACCAGGGCCUUUGUCAGGUGGACAGCGACACCAUAUGGAACGAGGUGCACUCGUCGGGGGCGGCCCGCCUGGCCGUGGGCUGCGUGGUGGAGCUGGUCUUCAAGGUGGCCACCGCGGAGCUGAAGAACGGCUUUGCUGUGGUCCGCCCUCCAGGACACCACGCGGAGGAGAGCACGCCCAUGGGGUUCUGCUACUUCAACUCCGUGGCCAUCGCAGCCAAGCUUCUGCAGCAAAGGCUGAGCGUGAGCAAGACCCUCGUGGUGGACUGGGACGUGCACCACGGGAACGGGACCCAGCAGGCCUUCUACAGCGACCCCAGCGUCCUGUACAUCUCGCUGCACCGCUAUGACGACGGGAACUUCUUCCCAGGCAGCGGGGCACCUGACGAAGUGGGCACGGGGCCCGGCGUGGGCUUCAACGUCAACAUGGCUUUCACCGGCGGCCUUGACCCCCCCAUGGGAGACGCGGAGUACUUGGCGGCCUUCAGAACCGUGGUCAUGCCGAUCGCCAAUGAGUUCGCCCCGGACGUGGUGCUGGUGUCGUCGGGCUUCGACGCCGUGGAGGGCCACCCCACGCCCCUCGGAGGCUACAACCUCUCUGCCAAAUGUUUCGGGUACCUGACGAAGCAGCUCAUGGGCUUGGCCGGCGGCCGGAUCGUCCUGGCGCUGGAGGGGGGCCACGACCUCACUGCCAUCUGCGACGCCUCGGAAGCCUGCGUCUCCGCUUUGCUGGGAAACGAGCUUGAUCCUCUCCCAGAAAAGGUUUUACAGCAGAGACCCAAUGCGAACGCUGUUCGGUCGAUGGAGAAGGUCAUUGAAAUCCACAGCCAGUACUGGCGCUCCCUGCAGAGGCUCGCCUCCACCGCCGCCUACUCCCUGGUCGAGGCCCAGACGUGCGAGAACGAAGAGGCCGAGACCGUCACCGCCAUGGCCUCGCUGUCCGUGGGCGUGAAGGCCCCCGAGAAGAGGCCCGACGAGGAGCCCAUGGAAGAGGAGCCGCCCCUGUAGCCGCCCCGAAGCUGCGGUUCUCUUGUUUGUUUGUCUCCGUCUUGAAGCUCCGCCGCGGCCUUCUCCGCGCCCGCGGGCACCGCGGGGCCGGCUGCAGCGGGCGGCCCUCUGCCUGCCGGGACCCGGACAGACGCCGGGGCGCGCGGACACACGGACACGCGGAAGCAGGCGCUCUGGGCUCCCCCGGGGACGCCACGGAGGGAGGGAGCCUGUGGCAGCUCAGGGCGGAGCUGCCCAUCCGGCCGACACGAGGAAAAGAAAACGGAAAUCAAAGAUCUCACGACACAAAACAAACUUGAUUAAAACUGGUGCUUACGGUUUGGUGACUCCCCACAACUCCACAGUUCUGUGUAAACCACUCAACUCAUCCUGUAGCUUAUUUCUUUUUAAGAGAAAGUCAGUCGCUGUGGCUCUGGCCGGCCCCUGAACGCCGCGCUGCGCGGUGGGGGUGGACGCAGAGUGGGCGCGUGUUUAAGGAAAAAAAAACUGGACAAAAGCAGAAAUGUGAGCCUGCGGGAGCCAGCUUUGGUCUCUCGAAGCUGGCGGAAGACGCGCGUUUGUGCCUUUUUUUUUAUCGCUCUGAUGGAUUUUUCUGGCUGGGUUUUCUGAAGUCUGAGGAACAAUGCCUUAAGAAAAAAUAAACAGCAGGAGUCGGUGGGACAGUUCCCUGUGGCCGGUGGGGCCAGAGGCCGGUGCGUGCUGGCCUGGCGCUCCUUGAGCUGCCUGGCCGUGGCCAGUGGCUCUGGAGGGCUGAGGUCCUGCCACCCUGUUUCACUUUAUUGCUGUUGAAGAAAAAUGGAGGUAGUUCCAAAAAAGUGGCAAAUACUGUUGGGGGUUUUAAAGUCCAACAAAUUUUAAAUGAAUCCAAAGUGUUCUUUUCUCGUACAUAUAACAAUUGAGCAUCUCCAUUUGGUUGUGAAGCAUGUCCUAGGCACACUUUCAGUGUUACGAUCGGAAUGCUUUUUAUUAAAAGCAAGUAGCAUGAAGUAUUGCUUAAAUUUUAGGUAUAAAUAAAUAUAUAUAUGUAUAAUAUAUAUUCCAAUGUAUUCCAAGCUAAGAAACUUGAUUCUUAUGAAAUCUUGAUAAAAUAUUUAUAAUGCAUUUAUAGAAAAAGUAUAUAUAUAUAAUAAAUGCAGAUUGUAAAGGUCCCUGGCGAAUGAACGACUUGUGAAUUAGCUAUCAAGGUGCUUAUGGAAAGGGAUCUGGUUUGAAGCUCAUGUAUUUCUGAACUCCAGAUUGGAGAGCUUUCAGUCACACAUUCGCCACGGGGUAACUGCCCUGCAAGAUUGUACUUUCAUUUUAAUUAUGUUCUGACCCCACCCCUUUCCACGCCAAGCCUCCAUGCACAUGUGUACCUAAUGAGUUUUUAUAGCAAAGAAUAUAAAUUUGCUGUUGAUUUUGUAUGAAUUUUUCACAAAAAGAUCCUGAAUAAGCAUUGUUUUGUGAAUUUUACAUUUUUUCUCACCAUUUAGCGGUUUUCUGAAUGGUAAUGAUGUCUCAACCUUUUUCCUUUCUGAAUUUUUGCUUGUACAUUUUUUUAACUUUGGAAGGUGUUGUUUUUUGUUGUUGUUUUCGUUUUUUAAUUUUCAUUGUCUUUAUUUUUGUACAGUGAGCACAGAGUUUAUUUUCAGAGUGAGCACCGAAUGUGCGGCGGGGUCUGAGGUCUGCUCCCUGGGCCCGUCCCUCGGCUGCACACAGAGCGCGGGGCCUUCGUUGCCGUCCGCGCACAGUGGGCCGGGGGCGGGGGGAUGGUCAUCGCAACGCUGAGCAGGGGGCGCUUGCCAGACACCGCGGGCCGUCAGCAUUCGCGAAACGUGUUUAAACGUCUCUGACCACGUGGUCAGGAUAGGAUUUUCACUUCACUUUUCCAAAGACCUUGUAAGCACGUCAGCAGUGCAUGGGGCCGAGGGGCCCAGCACCCCUUCUGGGUUCUUCCGCUGCAGCCACGCGGCAGGGCCCCGGCCGGGAGCAGUCGGCCUGGAUCCUGGAGCCUGUGCGCGGACAGCAGACUCCCGACCCGGAUGGCCAGCCUUUGCUCUUUUUCUCUUUGACAGUAACUGAAAGUCACUUUUUACUGGUAACUUAUUUCCAGCACUUGAAGCCACCAGUUUCAUUCCAAAGUGUGUGUCAGGCUCAGGCCUGAGGAAGCGCGGACACAGCCUGUCCACAGAAGGGAACCCCUGCCAAGUUCAAGUUUGGUGACAUUUACAGGGUAGCUUCUGAAAGAGCCUCUGACGCAGCCAGACUUGGGACCAAGAGAAUCCAGGUCCUUGGACUGGCUUGGUCACCGGGCUGCCGUCGGUCAGACUUUGGACAGUGGUUGAGAGCAGGAUGGGAAGGCCUUGGGGCAUGUCUGGUGUUCUCUCUCCUCUGGCCCUUUGCCUCGAGGCCCAAGUUGGCAGAGGGAGCUGGAGUGUGCAGGCAGCUGGACCCACCUGGUGCAGCCACAGAGGUGGCAGGGCCCAGCCGGCUGGCUCUUCUGGCCUUCCCGGCACGCCUCUCCCAUGGGGACCCCCACGGCCAGCCCACUUCCCUCCAGCCAUGUCUCCUGGGGAGGAACACAUCAUCUGGCCUUUUUUACAGGUGAUGGGAUAUCACAGACUCUGGUGGCCAAGUUAUCUUGGGGGGGAUUUACUUCUAAUCUCAUUCAACAGAGACCUCCUCUGCAGAAGGCCCGGCAGGGGGAGCGUUCUCCCUUGUCCGCUCACUCCAGCUUCAAAGCGUGCUUAACGCAGUACCGUGUAGCCUUUUCUUUUCUUUGAAGACACACUCAGCCCUUCUUGACGGCCAGCCGUCCAGGGCAGAUGGCGGAGGGCCCGCUGGAGUGCCCGCAGGCCUGCCGCCUCAGGGAGGGCCCCCACACCGUCCCUCCGUGGUUCCCGGACCUCUAGCCUUUGCGUUCUUUUGAAGAGGCCUUGGGGGCACUGGCCGGGGGUCAGCAAGUGAGCACUUUAUAUCCCUUUGCGGGAAACCCUGUGAUGCCCCGGGACUCGCGGCGUCACCCUGCCUUUGGGCCUUCCAGCUGCGCCACCAGCAGGCGGCCGUCCCCGGGCCGCGCCGAGCCCCUGGGACUGGCCGCCCCUCCGGUUCUGAAGGGCCACUUUGUCAAAGUGUUUGGGUUUUUCUUUACUUCUUUUCAGAGUUUGUUUCCAGAGGAAGGACCGUUUUGUACUGGUCUGACACAAAAGUGAGUCUGAUUUUUGCAGCACUAGCAACGGAGUUUCUUGUUCUUAAUUUUCGAUCAGAACAUUCCUUCUUUCCUGGUCACAGCCACACGCUCAUUCCAUUCUUCUUUUUGUAGACUUUUGGGCCCACGUGUUUUACGGGCAUUGAUACAUAUAUAAAUAUAUAUAUAAAUACAUAUGAAUAUAUUUUUUUAAGUUUCCUACACCUGGAGGUUGCAUGGGCUGUACGAGCGGCAUGUCUUUAUAUUGUAUACGGAUUUUGCACGCCGAAUGCGGCAGCUUGGGGAAGAAGAGAAACGCUCUUUUGUUCCCCUCCCGUGAUAUCUGCAGACACAAAAGAUGGGGAUUUUUCUGUAAAACAAAACAAAACCUUGAAGGAGAGUGGGGGAGGGGGGAACGUUUGCGUCUUAUUGAACUUAUUCUUAAGAAAUUGUACUUUUUAUUGUAAGAAAAAUAAAAAGGACUACUUAAACAUUUGUCAUAUUAAGAAAAAAGUUUAUCUAGCACUUGUGACAUACCAAUAACAGAGUUUAUUGUAUUUAUGUGGAAACAGUGUUUUAGGGAAACUACGCAGAAUUCAGAACUGCCUGUCUCUCUCGGGUUGAUUUGGAGGGAUUUGUCCUGUUUGGUUUCUUCCCUUCUCUCCUUGCUCAGGGCGAGGCGCACGCCGCCCUCCCCAGCCCUGGUGGCCGUCGGUUCUGCUGGGGAACCCGAGGCCCCAGCGGCCCUUUCCGCACAGCUGUGCCGACUUUUCCUGACUUUUAGAUGAUGUAUGGCUAAGAUUUCACUUUAAACUCAGCAGUCGUGAACUGUGCUGCACUGUGGUUUAAAAUCAUACUUUGCAUCGAAAGGAAACCAUUUCUUCCUUGUAAUGAAGCAGAGCUUUCCCAGCUCAGCUCACUUUGUCUUUGACAUGAUUAAAAGCCUCCUAUUGAAGGAAAAAGAAAGCGGACAGUUUCUGUUUGUUGUUCCAUUUUUUCCUUUUUUUUCUUUUCUUUUCUUUUUUUUUUUUGGUGUGUGGGCCCCACAAUGGAGGCGCUAUUUUCCAAUUUAUGAGAAUGACAAGCAUAUUAUCCUUUGUCUAUAGGAGGAGGGUUGACCUUAUUCACCCAAGAGCUCCUCUCGGUCUGUCGUAGAAAAUACAGUGGUGACGACUUCCCGUCCCACCCGACUCCUGUUUGCAGGCGCCAGGCUGGUAGCAGAGACCUGUCUCGUCUGUAACUUAACCAGUUCUCUGAUGGUCCUGACCUUCCAGUGGUUCUUUCCUUUGCUCAAUGGAGUUGGAGAUUUUGUUCUCGGUUUUCUCAUUCUUGUUUCAUUCUGUGUGGGUG